AUGUCUAACCUCAAGACCAUCGCAUUCUUCGGCGCCUCUGGUGGUUGCGGCCUUGCAGCUCUUAAAGAAGCCCUCCAAGCCGGGCAUACCUGCGUCUGCCUCCUCCGUACACCGUCCAAGCUUGCAGAUCUUGCUGCUGCGUCGCCUAAUCUCAUCAUCCGCGAAGGCAACGCCCACAACGCAAACGACGUGGCAUCUUGUCUCACAGCGCCAGGCGAACAUCGCCUAGUUGACGCCAUAUCCUUCUCCAUCGGCGCUGUGAUGGACCCAAAGACUAGGAAAUUUACCGAUCCAGACGUCUGCAAGAGAGGCAUUGCCUCUGUUCUCGAAGCAAUCUCCACGCUCCGUCACAAGAAACAAAUGCCAGGCAGACCACUAAUUGCGACAGUUAGUACUAGUGGAAUUUCGGAUCAGAAGCGAGACUACCCCAUCGCACUGCACCCCAUGUAUCAUUACAUGCUUUCAACACCGCAUGCGGAUAAGAAGGUCAUGGAGGAGCGCCUACGAAGCAGCGGAGAGCGGUUUGUCCUCGUGCGCCCUAGCCUCCUCAUGGAUGGCAACAAGGGCAAUGCCACAAUAAAGGAGGGAGUAGAAGAUGUCAUGUCAGCGGUGCUGGAAAGCUCAGCAGUCGGCUAUGCAAUCUCUCGGGGAGCGGUUGGUUGGUGGAUUUACAACAGACUGCUUAAGAUGGACGAAGCAGGUGUGCGGCAUAUGGAAGGGAAAGCCAUCUCCAUUACAUGGUAA